UUUUUAUAAACUUUGUAAAUUGUUGUGUUGUGUGUAUAAUGACGGUUUGUGUGAUUACAAAAAUGCAAUUACUUAGUUCUGCUUCCUGCGGAAUCAGUUCAGGAAGUGUAUGUGUUUACCAAAACAUAGCAUUGCUAGCGUUAGCUUAGCCUGGCUAGCUUUUGUAUAGAAACGUUUAAACCCCGACGUGACAGCUAUCAAGUUGUGUACAUUUGUAAUCAUUACAAGUCAUAGCCUUACACGUUGCAUGUUUGAUUAGUCUCUUGAAUAAUUGUUUUGCUCUGGUAGCUGACGUUAGCUAGCUCGUUAUCUCGAUCGGCUGGCGAGAUAACUAUGGCCAGAAUGACAACAGCUGAGAACCAAGAAAACUGGUGGGGAGGCUGGCUUCAGCAAAGCUUCCAGGCCGUAAAAGACAAGUCAUCUGAGGCCAUAGAGUUCCUAAAACGAGACCUGACAGAAUUCUCUACUGUGGUACAGCAUGACACCGCCUGCUCAAUCGUGGCUACGGCCACUGCAGUUAAAAACAAACUUGCUGUGGAAGGGUCUUCGGAAACAACAGAAAAAGUAAAAAAGAGCCUGUCUAGUUUCUUAGGAGUGAUAACAGACACACUUGCUCCACCCCCUGAUAAAACCAUUGAUUGUGAUGUAAUCACAUUGGUGGCAACGCCAGCAGGAACCACAGAGGUCUACGACAGCUCUAAGGCACGUCUCUAUAGUUUGCAAGCUGAUCCUGCUACAUACUGCAACGAGCCUGAUGGUCCUCCAGAGCAGUUUGAUCACUGGCUGUCCAGUUUCAGUCUGGAAGAAAAGAAAGGAGAAAUCUCAGAACUCCUUGUCAACAGUCCCUCUAUACGAGCGCUCUACACCAAAAUGGUGCCAGCUGCUGUAGCACACUCAGAGUUCUGGCAGAGGUAUUUUUACAAAGUCUUCCAGCUGGAUCAGGAGGAGGCGAGAAGAGUGGCACUGAAGCAGAGGGCAGAGCAGAGUGCACACACAGAGACCCUGGGCUGGGAGGAGGAAGAGGAGGAUGACUUCCUCGGGGCCUCAUCAUCAUCUCAACUCACCUUCACACCUCAACUGGACAGCAGCUCAACCCAGCCACCCAGCAACUUGACUGUUCCCGCGGGGGUAACUCUGCUGAGCCCCAUCCAGUCUCCAAACGAAGAGCGGGACACCACACUCUCAGUCAGCAGCGACAGCGUCAGCCUGCCGACGCAGGUGGAAGUUCAGUCAGCGCACGUUGACACAGAGCUGCGAGAGAAACUGGCAGAAGUUACUGUGAAGGGUGUUGUUGACAAGACAGAAGACGAGCAGCGGUCUGGAAAGAGUGACUUAGCUCAUGGAGCUCCAGUGGAAACUGUAACGCAGCCAGAGGUCGUUGCUGAUGAGGCACCAGUUCGAGCACCUGCCUCUAAACAACCAGAGAACACAAAGGAGGAGGGUCCACAAGACCUGAGAGUGUUCGAGCUGAACUCUGACAGCGGGAAGUCGACGCCUUCUAACAACGGCAAGAAAGGGUCCAGCACUGAUGUGAGCGAGGACUGGGAGAAAGACUUUGACCUGGACAUGACAGAAGAAGAGGUCCAGAUGGCUCUCUCUAAAAUAGAGGGUUCUGGAGAGCUGGAUGAAGACUGGGAGAACUGGGACUGAGAGCCUCCGCAACACGAACUGUGUCCUGCUAUUAAAGCUAGUUCUCGGCAGACGAACCAUGCUUAUCGUGUUUUAACUCUUUGUCCACACUGUCACCAUGUCAUGAUUGUGAGUAGGGGAAUUUUCUGAUGGGUUUGGACCAUAUUGGUAAACCUGUUGAACAGAGCAACAGGAAGACCAAGGCAAUAAGAAUUAGACCGCUUCGUCAGCUGUCAGAUUAGUGCAGAUACGCCUCUAGAGAGGGUAAGGACUCAGAGUAACUUCUCGCUUAGAGAGCAUAUGACACUAGUACAUGACCUUAAAGCUGCGACAUGCAGUCAUAAGUCCGAAUGUUGCAGUUUCACUGCAGCUGCAGCAGGUGAGGAGCUGAUUUUUCCUUUUUUUUUCUUUAUGCCAUUAAGUACAUCAUUUGUGUUGUGAAUGUGUUUCAUGAUGACUUAAAUGUGGGCUGCAAAAUAGCCAUAAACUGUAAUGCUGCUUGUCACCUUUCUAAGAUGAAAUACUUUGAAAGUGAUUUUUGAAUGAACUCUACCUGUCCUUGUCUUUUUUUUUCUCUCCACCCUCCCCCCUUCUUCAUCUUUAUUAUGCAAGUGAAUCCUCUAAAUGG